AUGGCAGACGAUGAAGGAGCUUCGCCGCGCGAAUUGGUUGUUGAAGCAUGCCGACGUGACCAACAACAUCUCAUCGAGCAGGUCCUCGACAGCAUGUCGGAGAAGACGAACGAAGAGGUAGCGGAGUUCUUCAAUAAUGUCAAAGAUGCACUAGGGAACUAUGCACUGCAUAUCUGUGCUAUGUACGGCAGCUUCGACGUGAUGGACGCCCUCUUCGACAUCCAAUAUUUCGAAUGUGACCCCGUCACUCGCGUCGACCAAGAUACCCCGCUACAUGUAGCAGUGCGUUUCGCCAAUGAGAAAGAUCCAGCGCUAGGCUUGGAAAUGAUCGAGAUGAUGUGCGAGGCAGGCUGUGACCCGCGAGUUCGGAACAAACAUGGACAGAAACCGGUCGACCUGGUUUACGGUGAUCACAAAGAUAUUAAGUCUGCUCUUCAGAAAGCUGAAUAUAUCCUGAAUGAGAAUAUACAGGUUAAUGCGGAGGAGGAUGGAGAUGAGGGAAGUGCCAGCGAUAGCGACUAA